UUCUCCUCGAGCGUCGAGUGAAAGUUUUCCUGGGUAGACGAAACGGAAAGUUUGGGAGCCUUACCAAAGCUGUGAAAUUGCGAUUAACACCCCGCUAAACCCUUCAGGAUGUCUUCUCCUUCCAGAAGGCUGCAGACCAAGCCUGUGAUAACAUGUCUUAAGACAUUUCUUAUUUCUUACAGUCUUAUAUUUUGGUUAACAGGGGUCAUCCUGCUGGCGGUUGGCGUGUGGGGCAAGGUGAGAAUGGAGUCCUUCUUCUCUCUGGCCUCAGACAAAAGCACCAAUGCGCCCUAUGUGCUCAUCGGCACUGGUGCCAUCAUCGUCAUCUUUGGCCUGUUUGGCUGCUUGGCUACAUGUCGCGGGAGCCCCUGGAUGCUUAAGCUGUAUGCCAUGUUCCUGAUCCUGGUGUUCUUAGCCGAGCUGGUGGCAGGCAUCUCUGGCUUCGUCUUUAGACAUGAGAUAAAGGAUAUAUUACAUGUAUCCUUUAAAAGUGCUAUGGAUAAAUACGAUGGUACCAGCUCCCAGAGUCACACAUUGGACACCAUCCAGACAUCUCUGGAAUGCUGUGGAUCUGUAAACUACACGGACUGGGAGAACACGGGAUACUUCAAAAGCAAAGGGAUUCCUAAAAGCUGCUGCAAGGAGAGCGACGUUUGCCCCCUCGACGACCUUAAAAACCCAGACAAAGCUGCCAAGGUGGUUUUCCCUGAGGGCUGUUUUUCUAAGGUAUCUAAUAAAAUGGAGUCCAACCUUGGAAUCAUUGCAGGGAUCUCCUUUGGAAUAGCCUUCUUCCAGCUCAUAGGAGUCUUCCUGGCCUGCUGUUUGUCCCGGUACAUCACAAACAACCAGUAUGAGAUGGUCUAGGAGCGGCCUGAUACAGACUGAUCUGGAUGAAAGCUGCCUAAAGGGACCCAGUUUUUACCUUUUUUGUCUCUUUGUAUGUGUGUGUUUUGUUUCAUUUUAGAUCAUGUGCUGCUUGUUAAAGGCUGUUUUUCAUUUCUCCGUUAUUUCUGGAAUGAAGGGAAACGCAGACCAUGAAUUCACCUCACAAAGAAAUCUACUUGGAUCUGUGGCAGAUCGUUUUGACUGAAAUGUUUGUCACAUACUGGACUGGCACAAAUUAUGGAAACAUUGCAUUUAUAUACAGUGUUUGACGAUUCGUGAAAAAAAUGUUUUGCAACAAUUUAUCUUUGCAUAAUAAAUGUAGCCCUGUGAUGGACUGGCGACCUGUCCAGGGUGUAUUCCUGCCUUUCGCCCAAUGUAUGCUGGGAUAGGCUCCAGCCCCCCUGCGACCCUGUUCAGGAUAAGCGGGUUAAGAUAAUGGAUGGAUGGAUGGAUGGAUAGUAAAUGUAUUUGUAAUAAAUGUAUUAUCAUCAUAAAACAAAAACAAAAAAUCAUAAGAAUUUGUGUUAAAUAAUAAUCAUUACUCCUUCCUAUAUAGAACAGUACAGGUGUCCUGUACAGGUGGCUGGCCUGUUGCGUAGUGGUUACGGUAAAUGACUGGGACACGCAAAGUUGGUGGUUCUAAUCCCGGUGUAGCCACAAUAAGAUCCGCACAGCUGUUGGGCCCUUGAGCAAGGCCCUUAACCCUGCAUUGCUCCAGGGGAGGAUUGUCUCCUGCUUAGUCUAAUCAACUGUAUGUCGCUCUGGAUAAGAGCGUCUGCCAAAUGCCGAUAAUGUGAUGUAAUGGAAUAGUUCACAACUACAUCAUCGAACACUCUAAUGUAUCUUACGGUUGUAAAUUUUAUAACCGCUUGAACAUGUCUUUGUCCAAUAUUUUUGUACAUAAAAUUAUAUUUAUAAAAGUUUUUUAUGUAUAUAUACAUUUCAUUUCAAAUUACUGAUGGUCACGUGAUGUCAUUACCACUCAUUGUAUUCUUUUUGAAUACAUUUUUACAUACAAGAAUGGUUCAGAAAAACAAAAAAAGGGUCAAAGAUUCGACACGAAACGUCUUUAAACACAGUGUUUCCAUAAUGCGUGCCGGUACCGUUAUAACAAUUAUAACAAUGUGAAAAGUCAAAUGUAAUUCUCAUUUAAAUCAGCGGUGUCUGCUGGCGAGCAACCGUUUUAAUGAGUCAUUCCAGACCUGAUUUAUUGCCAAUGUUUUGAUGGGAACAUCAGUCACCUGAUGUUAAUCACCUGUGAACAGCUGAAGUCUGAUGUUAAACCUGCAGGACUGUCGAUGGCCAGAACCAGGAGGGGUACACCGCUGAUUUAAAAUUCAUCCAUUACAUUUCAUAGAGCCAUUAAACCAUUACCAGUGUUUUGUGCAUAUCUCCUCAUCCCACAUAAAUGUUGUUACGGUGCAUGCAGUAAGCUAUUUAAACUCUUUUGGGCCCGCACUGUAUGAUGUAUAUGUAAGGCAAUGUGUUCAACCUUUAUAUAUAUAGUGACAUUCCACAAAUUGAAACUUUUGCCCACCACUCUGUGAUGGACACUGUUAUAGUUCCAGCCCUAACCUACAAGGAAAUGGAAAGGGAAAGCUGACACUGGUAUUAAAAGCAUUUAUGGCAGGCGAUUUAUGUGCUGUGAACUCUGGUCAGCCUUUACCCAUUUUUCUUUGACUUGUUCAAGUGAAUACAAAGUGCCAUUUAGUCAGAUCCUCGAUUCAGACUAGCCAUAGCCAUCUCUGUGAUGAUUCAAGAGGCCAGAUUGAGUUUGUUAUUUAAUUCCAAAUGUGUGCCUUUUGAACCUCAGCUUUGCCUCUGAGAAUGUAUUUGAUCCGUACAUAUCCCUUCUCUUUUUGAUGUCCAUAAAAAUGUCAAAUCUAGGAAGAGCUGAUGUGUUGGAUUUAAAGAAAGUUGUAUAAAUGUAACAUAAAUAUUCAUGUAAAAAAAUUGAAAGAAUGAAUAGCAGAGAAAAUCAUGCCACCAAUUAAUCUAAUUGGAAACAAAGGGAAUUUUGUUACUUAAGGGAAAAGAAAAUUGUGCAUAUAAUCACUGCAAAAUAUAUUUUUCAUCAGCUAGAACUAUUUAGUGGUUUUGUGCAACUUUUGCCUCUUUAGGCGUAAAAUCUUGGAGCAACUCUAUAAUUAAUGUCUUGUUCACAUAUUUUGUGGUUUCAAAAAUAAAACUUGCUUAUUGUCAGUGUUUAA